AUGGACCCCUGCGUGCGAGGAGGCGUUCAAACACUUCAAAGAGAUCCUGGCAGCACCCCCGUGCUUGGGAAGCCCAAGGUCGGAGAACCACUUUACCUAUACCUGGCCAAAACAGAGGAGGCACUUGCAGCAGUCUUGGUGAGGGAAGAAGGAAAGGCCCAACAGCAAAUCUACUUCGUAAGUGCGCUACAAGGAGCAGAACCGCGGUACAACAAACUGGAAAAACUGGCACUGGCACUCUUGACCUCUUCCCGCAUACUAAGGCAAUACUUCCAAGGCCACCAGAUCGUUGUGAAGACAGACCAGAGAAUCCAUCAAGGCCUCAAGAAGCGGCUGGGUGACAAAAAAGGCGCAUGGGCCGAUGAACUCACUUCAGUCCUUUGGUCUUACCGAAUAACAGAGCAGUCCUCCACGGAAGAAACCCCCUUCCGCCUGACAUACGGGGUGGACGCGAUGAUACCCGUGGAAAUCGGCGAGCCGAGCCCGCGGCUACUUCUAAAGGGAGUAGAAAAAGCAAUGGAGAAAGACCUAGUAGAUGAGGCCAGAGAGAUGGCCCAUUUGACAGAAGUAGCACUGAAGCAGAGAAUGACCCUGCGUUACAACGCCAAAGUGCUCAAGAGGGAGUUCGGAAAAAAUGACCUGGUCUUGCGACACAACGACAUAGGGCUACCGACCCAAGGGGAAGGAAAACUAGCGACAAAUUGGGAAGGCCCCUACAGGGUCAAAGAGGUGCUCGGCAAAGGCGCCUACAAAUUGGAGAAGCUCGAUGGCAAGGAGAUACCGAGAACAUAG